UAUUCUGCUAUAAGCAUUAUGCAAUUCAUUCAAUCUUUCAUUCCGUUAGUUACUUUUAGGCGUAGACGCGAGUGAAUCUCCUCCAUCUUCAUCUUCUUCUCAAGCCUUUUCGUCCUUCUGGUUUCUUCAGAAAUGGAAAGUUUUCAAAACCCAGAUUGGGAAACCGAGUUUAACCGCUUCGAACGAGCGAUCUCAUCCUCUCCCGCCCCGAUUCGCGUAAGAUCCGUUAUAAAGCUAUCAGCUUUAGCUAAUCAAUCACCGGAGAGUAUCCUAACCCGCGCAAUCCCGAUCCUCGCCGGUCUUCUCCGCGUCUCCGACGACCCCAAUCGCUCCGUCCAAGCCGCCGCCGCGCAUUGCUUGAAACGCAUCGCCUGCCUCGGCGGCGAGUUCGCGGCGACGAUGGGGAGGUGCGGCGUGAUCGCUAGCUUGUUAGGGCUCUUACUCGAGCAGGCGAAUGACAACGGUAUUGCGUUACGAAGGAUCUGGGUGAAGUGUUUGUGGAGUUUAGUUACUUUCGGAUCUUCGAUUCGGGUCGGGUUAGCUAGGUUAGGCGGUGUGGAGAUCGUGACACGUGAGCUGAACACGUGGGAAGAUGAUUCGAGUAGAUGGUGCCUGUUAGAGAUCCUUACUGCCUUGACGACGAUACGAGAGAGCAGACGCGUUCUUGUUCACAACGGUGGGUUGAAGUUUCUUGUUGAAGCGGUUAAAGUUGGGAACUUUGCGUCGAGAGAGAGAGCUUGUCACGCUAUUGGGUUGAUUGGUGUUACUAGACGGUGUAGGGGGUUGCUGGUUGAAGCAGGAGUGGUUCCAGCUCUUGUGGAUUUGUUUCGAGAUGGAGAUGAGAAGGGAAAGCUUUUAGCUGGUAAUACCUUGGGGAUCAUAGCGGCUCAGACUGAGUAUAUAAGGCCUGUUACUGAAGCUGGUUCUAUUCCUUUGUAUGUGGAGCUUCUUUCCGGAGGAGAUCCGAUGGGGAAAGAUAUUGCGGAGGAUGUGUUCUGUAUACUAGCUGUAGCUGAGGGUAAUGCUGUUUUGAUAGCGGAGCAGCUUGUGAGGAUCUUGAGAGAAGGAGAUAACGAAUCCAAGUUUGCUGCUUCUGAUGUGUUGUGGGAUCUUGCCGGUUAUAGGCAUUCUGUGUCUGUUAUUAGAGACUCUGGUGCGAUUCCUUUGCUGGUGGGGCUUGUGAGAGAUGGGUCUCUUGAGUUUAGGGAGAGGAUCUCUGGAGCUAUUUCUCAGCUGUGUUACAAUGAGAACGACCGUGAGGUCUUUUCUGAGUCUGGUAUGAUACCGAUUCUGAUUGAAUGGUUGGGGGAUGAGUCGGAAGAGCUUAGGGAUAAUGCGGCCGAGGCGCUGAUUAAUUUCUCAGAAGACCGAGAGCAUUAUGGUAGAGUGCGUGAGGCUUUAAACCAUCCUGUGAUUCAGAGUAUGCAGAGCAGACUUGCUAGAAUCAGAGCCUCUCAUGAACAUUUGGUUAGGUCAAUGCGAAGGGUUACAAUCGAACAUCUUGCCCGGGAUCCAUAUCUUCCCUAAUGAACAGAUCCAGGUUUCAACCUGUUUUAAUUGGUUGGACCAUAAGAAUCAUACACUAUUACUUCAGACAUCUCAUGUUGUGGCUGCUCAUAGCAAAUGGUGGGGCAUUCAGCUAAGCAGCAAUGAGGUGGAACAUUUUGAUCUGUACCGUUAUCAUCAUCAGCAGCCUCGAUGUUCUUGGAAUCGUCUGUAUCAUCAUCCUCUUCUUGCACCUGAUCAUCAUCAGGAGUGAGAAUAUCCGGGUUAACUUCUUCUAGAGUCUCUAAUAUGGCAUAGCAAGCUUGCUUCCUCAAAGUGUCAACCAAACAAGCUGCGUCAAUUCCAUCACCGACCACUACGAGCUCGUCCUCGGAUUCCCCUUCUAUGGCUACAGAGAUUACACCUGCAAGCAAGUAAAACCCAGAAACAAAAAUGGAGAAAUAGGUUAAGAGCUAAAAACAAAACGGAGGAUUAUGCAACAAGGCUGUUGGCAAGAGUCAGACCUUCAUUUUCCCCUGACGAGGAACCUCUGUUUUAGCUAAAGUGGAGAUUGAAGAAAACUAUCAUCGGGCUUACGGUAUGUACUUGUUUCGAAAGCCAUGUUUUGUGCUGAGCACGAAGACAGAGAGAGAAAAAGUCAAUAUAAUGUUUUAUUUUGUAGUCAAACGCAUCAUAUAAUACUUGUCGAUAGGAAAGAUCUUUCCUCUU